GGAAUUUGCAGCCUCAAGAUAGACGGUUUUUAGAGUAGAAUAUAUUCUAUGUUUUAACCAACAUAUGUACAUAUUUUAGAAGUAGGGUGGUCCAUGUAAGUAUGUGUGUGUGUUUUCCUCCUGAAAGCUCCGCACUGUGACGCCUGCAGCUGCUGCUUGGCUCGACACAAUGCAGGCCUAGCUUAGCAUCUAACGCUAACUAGCGGAGGCUAAUCGGAUAACGCUGCAGUGGGAUUUAAACCUCGGACGAAGCUGUUUUUUCGACGGUGUAAUAACAUCCAAUCCGCUAUGACCUCUCAGCUGCAGGUCUUCUCUCCUCCCUCCAUCUCCUCCAGUGCCUUUUGCCGUGUUAAGAAGCUGAAGGUGGAGAGCAAUGUUUGGGACGUAUCUACCACUGAAGCUUACAGCUCCAUAGCUGGCCAGCCUGCAUACACCUUCACCCCAGCCAUGGCCGUGCCACCCUUUGCGCCAUCCCUGGUAUUCCCCCCUGCAGCGCCUGGCUCUAGGGGUCAAGUAGUGGUACGGGCAGCUGAUAGCACUGGCAGUCUCCCCCGUGGUUCCAGUCGGCGUGUCUCUGAGCAGGCGACGUCCUCCUCUUAUACUCAUGCCGAGACGUCCUCUGAAACAAGGGGGCACAGACAUGGGCAGAAAAGGAAGAUGGAGGAGGCUAAUGAAGGCAGUGGGAGUGGCUGUGGCAGUGUACAAAUUUUGGAGGAGCUCUCAGCUCCAGCAGCAACUUACUCCACCCGCACAGGAGGUGGUGGAGGAGGUGGUACGGGGCAGUCCAUACCUCACUCAGCUCCAACCACCAAGAGUAGCAGCUCCAAUGGUGAAGGGGACUAUCAGCUAGUGCAGCACGAAAUCCUCUGCUCCGUGUCCUGCAGCUACGAAGUGCUGGAGUUCUUAGGAAGGGGCACCUUCGGACAAGUGGCCAAGUGCUGGAAGAGGGGCACCAAUGAGAUUGUGGCCAUCAAGAUUCUGAAAAACCAUCCUUCAUAUGCUCGUCAGGGUCAAAUUGAGGUGGGCAUCCUCAACCGGCUGAGUGCAGAGAAUGCGGAUGAGUACAAUUUUGUGCGUUCCUAUGAAUGCUUCCAACAUAAGGGUCACACCUGCUUGGUCUUUGAGAUGCUUGAGCAGAACCUGUAUGACUUUCUCAAGCACAGCAAGUUUAGCCCGCUCCCUCUACGGCACAUCAGACCCAUCCUGCAGCAGGUGGCCACAGCACUGAUGAAGCUGAAGAGCCUGGGACUGAUUCAUGCAGACCUGAAGCCUGAAAACAUCAUGCUGGUGGACCCUCUCCGACAGCCCUAUAGAGUGAAGGUCAUUGACUUCGGUUCAGCAAGUCACGUUUCUAAGGCUGUUUGCUCUACCUACUUGCAGUCCCGUUACUACAGGGCUCCUGAGAUCAUUUUGGGUCUCCCGUUCUGUGAGGCCAUUGACAUGUGGUCUUUAGGCUGUGUGAUUGCUGAGCUGUUUCUGGGUUGGCCUCUCUACCCUGGAGCCUCUGAGUACGACCAGAUCCGUUACAUUUCUCAGACUCAAGGCUUGCCAGCGGAGUACCUACUGAGUGCUGGCACCAAGACUAACCGCUUCUUCAACCGAGGCCCUGACUCUAGCUAUCCACUCUGGAGGCUCAAGACCCCAUCAGAGCAUGAAAUGGAGAUGGGCAUCAAAUCCAAAGAGGCCAGGAAAUACAUCUUCAACUGUUUGGAUGACAUGAUGCAGGUUAACCUUUCUUCUCACUUGGAGGGGACAGACAUGUUGGCUGAGAAAGCUGACAGACGAGAGUUUAUAGAUCUCUUGAAGAGGAUGCUCCGUCUGGAUGCUGACAAAAGGAUCACACCCACUAAAACUCUGGGUCAUCCCUUUGUCACAAUGAGCCACCUCAUGGAUUAUCCCCACAGCUCCCAUGUGAAGUCGUGCUUCCAGAACAUGGAGAUCUGCAAACGCCGGAGCGCCUAUGACAGUGGCAAAACCCUGUACUCCACCAAUGCAGUCCCAAGCGCUGCAGCAGGCAACCUUACCGUUACCUUCAGUAGCCAACUCAACCAGCAUAACCAGGUGCCUUCAGCAGGGGGAGCGGUGCCUUUGCUAAACUACCAGCCAGCUCUGUACCAACAGGCGACAAUCAACAUUCCCGGGUUGGCUCAACAGAGUGUCCCGAUUCCAACACGUCCUGCUGGGCUAUGUAGCCAGACAGAACCCUUCCAGCAGACUCUGAUCGUCUGCCCACCCUCCACUAUUCAAGGGCUACAGCCAUCCAGUAAGAGUUCCAGUUUCCCUGUAAGGAUGGAGAACUCUGUACCCAUAGUACCUCAGAACCAGUCUGCACAGUCGUUGCAGAUCCAGCCAAGUAUGCUCACACAGGGUUCCUGCACACCCCUGAUGGUGGCCACCCUGCACCCUCCCUCAGCAGGCAUUGCCCCCCAGUAUUCUCUGCCCCUCGGGCUGGGCACCGGGGUGGGUCGGCCCACCCUCCUGGAGCACACAGCCACAGUGCUGCAGGCCUGGCCCACUGGAGCCCAACAGAUCCUCAUACCAUCAUCAUGGCAGCAGGUCCCAGGUGUGGCUAUCCACAGCUCUGCCCACCAGUCGACUGUUGCAGAGUCACCCCUGGAUGCCCAUCACUCGGAUGCUGCUACGCAGCAGGGACACAGCUGGAGGAGCACAACUCAAGCCAGGACUCAGCAGGAGAGGAAGAAGGUCAAAGCCAGGCGUGGAGAGAACAGAAACAGGGGUAUAUCCACUUCAACAUUGCUCAGCAGUAGUGGGGUGACGCCACCUAGCUCCAGCGCCACAUUGUCCCAGCCAAUUGUCAUCUCAGACACACCUAGCCCAGCAGUCAGCAUCAUCACUAUUCACAGUGACACUGACACAGAGGAUGAGCACAAGUUCCAUCCCGCCAGUGUUGGAUUGAGCCAGCGCACUAAUGUCAUCAGCUGUGUGACGGUGCACGAUUCAGAUUCCUCUACAGCCAGCCCUCUGACUCCUCUGCCCCGCACACUUAACCCAUCUAGCACCAUGUCAUCACGCCAGGCCAAGUCUCUGGCAGUUGUGGCACCUUCAGUCAAAACCCAGGGCACAGAGAGAGCAGCAGUUUCUCGCAGCCGCCUGGAGACUGUGAACUACAUAAAGCCUAAGAGGUCAUCUAACCGACAGCCCUGCAGUUCGGGGGAGAGCAUGGAGCGUCACGGACUGAUGCCGAGCCAGUCACACCCCUUAAACCUCAGCCAGGUUCAGCCAGUGGUUUCCUCGUCUCAGGAGCGUUCAGGAGCAUCCCACAGUGACUCAUCUUUGCGUCGCCUGCAGACGUUCCCUCCAGCCGUCUCCGCCACCCACUACAACUUCCCUGAGGUUUCUGCCCUGGCUUCAGCCUCAGCACCCGGCCCCAGCCUGUACACCUACCCAGCCUCCACCGCCCUCUCCACUGCUUCUCAGGCCAUGGAGCAGCUUCUGGGCCGUGGUCACAGCAACCACGGACACUCCCCCUCCGCCUAUGCAGCAACAUACACCUCAUCCUCCUCCAGGAGGGACUCGGCCAGUCGCAAGGACUCCGUCAGUAGUCUGCUGCACGGCCUCCCCGCAGCCUACCAGCAUCAGUUCGCAGCUGGUUCACCCUACGUUAGUGUGACGCCCCGGGCUGAGGCUUACAGUGCCUACCAGCUAAGCCCGAGGCGCCUCACACAGUACCCCUACCUAUAAGCAGUCACACACACUUUAAACAAUGAAAAGAAAAAAUCUACUUCCCCAUAUACUAUCACAAAGGGACAUUUAAACUGUAGAACAACUGUUGGUCACUUAUUUGAUCGCUGCUUUUGCCUACAAGGCAGCAUUUCAUUUCCUCAUUUAUCAUUUAUAUGCUCUUUCAGACUGUUUUUAGUGUUUUUUGAAAUGUUCAUUGGUAUUAUUUGAUAUUGUAUCAAUUUAUUUUCCCUUGAAAAAUAUUGUUUAUAACCCAUAUUUUAUCCCCAUCUAAAUCAGAUGUACAAUUAAGGCAUUGUGGUAAUGAUGAUAUUUUACUGUUUUAUCUUGAGGUUUUGUGUGAAGAGAGAUUAUUCUCCUGUCACAAGCUGCGACGACACUUUAGGCAAGCUUUCAGGCGCCUGACUCACAGAGCUAAUUAAAGGCUCGCUCACAAAGUCAUUUUGUUUUUUUGUUUUGUUUUUUUCCAUGAACCUUGUUACAAAGUUUUCACACUAAAGUGAAUCCCUGUGUUUUAGCUAACAUAAUAAUGACUGUACAUUACCCAUGUUUGUUUACUCACAAAUAUGUCUUUCACUAUGUUUAAAUUAUGUUUUGUCAGUGUGAGGUAGGACGAGGAAGGACCAUGAAGAUGUUGAAUAAGGGUUUUGUUAAAGCUGAGAGGUGAUGAAACUGUGAUGGAUCAAUGUUAAUUUAAGUGCACAUGUGAUAGUCUGUUUAUGUAGUGAGUGUUUAGGCAAGAUAAAUCAUGUCCUUAUGCAAUAGAACCUUUUUAAAACUGCAUCAACUGAGUGCUGAAUGUAUUUAUGAAGUACAGACGAGUGUGAUCACCAUCCUGACGACGAGUAAAAGAAAAGCUUUUGUUUUAAAUGUAAGGGGGGGCGGAAAUAGGGAAACAAGGUUUCCCUAUUUUUUAAAUAAGAUAAUUCAGCUUCACAUGGGCAGAAAAAAAUAUUCUAUCUGUGAAUUCUGCAUUAGACCGAUAUUGUGUAGGACCUGAUACUUGUGAAUCUGAUUUAUGGCCAGUUUUUACUGCUUGUCUGGAAGUAGUAACAAUUUACCCACGUUCCAGUAUCAUGUGACAAAUGGAAAUAAGAGAAUGCAAAUGCGUUUGGUGCAAAGUCUAUUUAGUGGUUAUGUCUCUUACAUUGAGUUAAAGGUGGUGCCGUCCACUAAACAUACAGUGUACCCCCCCCCCCCCCCCCACACACACACACACACACACACAAAAGAAAUGUUGGAAAAUAUGUUGAAAUUCUUUUGUUUUUCACAUUCUGAUAACUACAGUGUGGAUACAGCAGUCCCAUUGUUGGUCUGGAUUCAUGUGGGGUAUGAAGAGGCACUGUGUACCAGCAGUUUCCUCCCAGCAUCUUUUAGAUAAAGGAGGUAACUCUCGGGAUGGUUACUGUGGGUUUGAAAGCUUUUUAGUAAAUCCUUCCCUGUUGUGUUUGCAUCCGUUUUGUGUUGUAAUGUCUGAAUAUUUAACUGUAUUUCAUGUAUCAUCUUAACAUAGUAUAUAGUUAAAGAUGCUACUUGGUAGAACUAAUUCAGGGAAAAGGUUUCAGCUCACAUAAUCCACUGUCACUGUUUUCAAUAAAAUAACC